AUGGAGAAUGGGCCAGCAACGGCCCCUGGAAGCAAAUUCAGGAACGCUGAAUUGAUCCCGCCAUGUGAAUGGAAAGAAUGCUGCUUUGUAGGGAAAUGCAUGGAGGAAUUUUGUAAUCAUAUUGUGGAACACUUGGACAGGUACCUACAGCACCCCCUGGAAACAGCAGGUCAUUCAUAUCUCACCUGUUGGUGGAGAAGUCGUGAAUUUGGGGUGAAAGAUCCCGGAACGCCGGCAGCACAUGUCCAUUUUCACAGUUACCACUAAAGGAUUCUCAUGUUUGGAGAACAGGUUACCCUCAGUAACCCAGCAUGGUUUUAUAAGCAUGUUGCUCUUCAGUAUGAUACUGAGGAAUAAGCUGAUACAAAUCAGAAGAAACUUGUUUAUUGCCACUGGAAAGAUUUCUUAGGCAUAUUUCAAGGAAGGUGUAGGCUAUGGGAGUACUUAAGAACCCACACUCAAGACAAGGUUGUAUCAUCUCCUAUUUGUGGAGGGAUGUUCUCCAAUAACAUCAAGAUUUUUGAUCAUGCAAGGAGACAAGUUUCAGAAGACAGUAAGUGGAAAAAAAUAUUUCCUUGUCAGAACUGUCAGAAUGAAAGGCUGCUAUGAGAUCACAUAAGGAAACAUGUUAACCAUGUUACAUGUGCCCUUUGUGAUAUGGUGGGCAAGGCCUCUUCACUGAAAGCACACAUCCAUUCCUGACAGCAUCAAGAACAUCCUUUCCAUUGUCCCCUCUGUGACAGCAGUUUUAAGAGCGCCUCUGAUCUGCAUAAACAUGUCGAAACACACAGUGAUUCAGGUGCCUACAGCUGUGAUGUCGAAGGAUGUGGUUUUAUUUCACGGACCUCUCUGACUUUGAGACAGCACUGCAAGAGAGUGCAUAAUAAUGGCAUUCUGAAAUAUAAAUACCACAUCUUUCAGAAACGUUUAUCCUGGAGUUAUUCAUUGACUCGAAAAGUUCAUAAUCUCAGCAAUCAUUCUCAUUCCAGAUAUAAAGAUGACAGUGAAGGCCAUCAGAGUUUGGAUGUAACUGCUGUGGGUUGGGGUCAGAAUCCCCAGAUGGUAACAAGUAAGUCUUGACCAAGUCAAAAUAGUUUUGGAAGAGGGGACAUGAAUGAGCUUCAGCCACAGUCACCAGCUACUGGAGAAAAUGUUCUGGUGGAAACAGGGACUUCUCUGCCAGAGCCAGUCUGGGCUGAACUUCAGGCUGUUUUGGAACCUGUUGAAAAACAUUUACUCCAUCCUUCACCUUCCCUUCUCUUGCCCAGGGAGCGCAUGGAGUUACUGGAAGAAGCCAGGAAGAUGGAAAUGGCAAAGUUUCGCUACAUCCUCCCUGUUUAUGGCAUCUGUAAAGAGCCGGUUGGCUUGGUCAUGGAAUACAUGGAAACAGGAUCUCUGGAAAAGCUCCUGGCUUCCGAACCUCUGCCCUGGGAACUGCGCUUCCGCAUCAUCCACGAGACAGCCGUGGGGAUGAACUUCCUGCACUGCAUGUCCCCUCCACUGCUCCACCUGGACCUCAAGCCUGCAAACAUCCUGCUUGAUGCCCACUACCAUGUCAAGAUUUCUGACUUUGGACUUGCAAAGUGCAAUGGCUUGUCCCAUUCCCAUGACAUCAGCAUGGAUGGCCUGUGUGGCACAAUUGCCUACCUUCCUCCAGAGCGCAUCAAAGAGAAAAACAGGUGUUUUGACACCAAACAUGAUGUGUACAGCUUUUCCAUUGUGGUUUGGGGAGUUCUUACACAAAAGAAGCCUUUUGCAGAGGAAAACAACAUUUUACAUAUUAUGGUAAAAGUAGUUAAAGGCCACCGCCCAGAGCUACCUGCUGUUUCCAAAUCCAGACCUCACUCAUGUAAUAACUUGAUCAAACUGAUGCAAAAAUGUUGGCAAGAUGAUCCUGGUGAACGGCCAACAUUUCAAGAAAUCACUUCACAAACAGAGGCCCUCUGUGAAAAACCAGAAGAUGAAACAAAAGAGAUGAUAACUCAGGACCUGGACACCAAGAAUUCCCCAGAGCAGCAACCUGAGGGGAUUUGUGCACUGUCCCAGAAGAAACAGGAGCCUGCUCUACCGUCAGUUAAGGAUUACAGUCUCUCAGAGUUAUUGUCCCAGUUGGAUUCAGGGAUUUCACAGACUAUGGAAGGCCCUGAGGAUCUCAGCCGCAGCUCUUCUGAGUCCAAACUUGCCUCCAGUGACAAGCGGCUUUCAGGAGUUUCAUCUGUAGAUUCAGCUUUUUCAUCCAGAGGCUCCCUUUCCCUUUCCUUUGAAAGGGAGAGUUCAGAUAUUGGUACUACAGACAUACAGAAGAGGAAGCUAACGGAGGCAAUUCUGUCUGGAGAUACCAGCAAGCUGAUGAAGAUCCUCCAGCCUCAAGAUGUUGAUAUUGUUUUAGAUGGGAACUCCAGCCUUUUGCACUUGGCUGUUGAAGCUGGUCAAGAAGAAUGUGUCAAGUGGCUCCUCCUGUACAACGCUAACCCUAACCUCACCAACCAGAAAGGAUCCACCCCUCUUCACAUAGCCAUUGAGAAGAAAGUUAAAAGCAUCGUGGAGCUGAUUAUGGCUAGGAAAAUCAACGUUAAUGCCAAAGAUGAGGACCAGUGGACUGCCCUUCACUUUGCUGCCCAAAAAGGGGAUGAUUUCAGCACCAAAAUGCUGCUUGAUAAGAAUGCCUCCCUAAACGAGGUCGAUUUUGAAGGCAGAGCCCCCAUCCACAUAGCCUGUCAGCACGGCCAGGAGAACAUCGUGCGGAUCCUGCUGAGGAGAGGCGUCAACGUGAACAUCAAGGGGAAGGACGACUGGGUGCCACUGCACUACGCUGCCUGGCAGGGCCACCUCCCCAUCGUGAAGCUCCUGGCCAAGCAGCGGGGAGCGGAUGUGAACGUGCAGACCGUGGACGGAAGGACCUCGCUGCACUUGGCCGCCCAGCGAGGGCACUACCGCGUCGCCCGGCUCCUCAUAGACCUGGAGUCGGAUGUCAACGUCCAGAAUGCCCUCCUGCAGACUGCCCUGCACAUAGCUGCUGAAACCGGCCACACCAGCACCUCCAGGCUGCUCCUGAAGCACGGCGCAGACAUCGAGGCAGCCACGGCAGAGGGAUACACGGCUCUGCACUUGGCGUCGCGCAGCGGCCACUUGGCCACAACAAAGCUGCUGAUGGAGGAAAGGGCCAGCGUUCUGGCCAGGGGCCCGUUAGACAGGACAGCCUUACAUCUUGCUGCAGAAAACGGGCACUCCGAGGUAGUGGAAGAACUUGUCAGUGCAGAAAAUAUCAACGUGCCUGACAGCGAAGGGUUCACAGCUCUUCACCUGGCUGCGCGAGGAGGGCACGCGAAAACAGUCGAGGUUCUCCUGAAGCACGGGGCGCACACUGACAUGCCGAGGCCCAAGUGUCACACCCCGCUGCCCCUUGCUCAGCAGAGUAGCAAUAGCUCACUUACUGUGUUGUUGAGUGACACUUAAGCCAAAGGUGCCAGACGUGAUACUUUUUAGUACCUGGUGUGAGGAGGCUGCUGGAGCUCAGCUCCUCAGGGCCUCCUGCAGCUGUGCAGUGACCCCACCAGCGGUGUCAGUGAUGGACUGAGGUGCAGCCAGCAGAAGUUUGAAUGUGUGAUGAGACUGCACGUGGAUGUAAGGCCCCGAGCUGGAGUCUGCCACGCCGUGGUCUGUGUCAUUCAUUCUGCACAUGCCCUGCCCUGGCUGGAUCUGGACAUUCCCCUCCUGAGAACGUUGUGAGAGAAGGAUGUGACUUGUGGGUUCCCCCUGCCUUCUUUUUUUUUUUAAUGUGCCAAAAUAAUUUAAGAACUAACAUUAUGCUUUUUUAUUUUCCUCAAAACAAAACAAAAAGAUGUCAUAGAUUUCUGGUUUACUGCAGUGAUCUGUAUUUUGGGCUGAACGCCUCCAGUGUAGAAUAAAUAAAACACCAAUCUGCUUGAAGUUAACGCAAGAGAUGAGGAAAGAGCUGUUUAAGAUAAUCAUGUUUCUGGUACUUUUUUUAAUGGAGACAUUGAUUACAGAUUUCCAUGUACUCAAAAUUUACGAGGCAGACUUAAUAGCAAUGCAGGAUUCCAAAAAUAAUAAGCAGCAGUAAAAGCUUAACACUGGUGUCUUCAUAUGCAGUACCACCUUGUGUGUAUUCUAAAAUCAGUAAGCUGAACUAAGUGCUUAGUGGUUUGUCUUAAAUAAACAAGUCAAAAGCUAAAAUUCAUACUGGACUGCAACUGGAUGGUAUAUUCUCACACUGCUGUACCAAUUUACGAAACAAUGUUUGGAGGGGCCGAUGACCAGACUGAUAUACUGUGUAUAUAGGAUUUCUACCUGUUGUAUGCUUUUUUCUACUGAAGAAAAUAGAUUGCUUAGAGUGGGUAUGUUUUAAUACGCCUUUUAAUUUCACUCUUUUCAAAGUACAAA